AUGGAGACUGGAUUGUGGACGACCCAGAAGAGGAUUCCGAAGAGGAAAUUCCCGAGGAAGAAACAAAAGAGGAAUCCGAAGAGGAUCCCGAGGAAGACCCAGACAAAGAAAAUAGAGCACAACUUUUCACUUCAGAAAGGCAUUACUGCUACUAGAGCUGAAGUAAGGGAGUUCUGUGAGCAACAAGCCUUUUCAGUUCAGAAAGACAUUACUGCUACUAGAGCCAAAGUAAGGGAGUUCCGUGAGCAACAAGCCACAAUGGAAAGGCGUAUCAUCGAGGCUGAACGUCAAGUAGCCCGAGCUAAGACUUCCAUAACUACGUACCAUGGUCCACAGCAUCCUACCCGCUCGGAAUAG